ACGCCGAUGCCGAUGGUCACCAGGUCGUAGACCAGGGUAGACGUAGGUCUACCACUACCAGUGCCGGCUACAUCCGUCGCUGGAUAUCCUAGAUUGUACAUGGACUGAUGAGUGAUCGGAGACCAUUGCCGCAUUGCCAUCGGAUUUGGAGGUCUCUGGCGUGCUAGCUACAGGCGGCGUGCCGUAGGGACUAUGCUGUACUCCAAAACCUAGCCACCACAAUCUACAUGACUGUCUGAUUGUACUACUACUAGUAGAAGUACCCAGAACGGCAGAAGUCCGACGUCCUCUUCGCGCUGUCCCGGUAGACCUACACUCUACAGUAAUUACCCUUUGAAGAUUUCAAAGUCCUUGUUCAACCGCCACUCACUUUUGUCCAUAGCAGCUCGCUUCGGUACGUGGUGAGAGACAUUUAUCAUUGCUUACGUUUCUUCCAUAGCCUCUCGGACACACAAUUGUGGAAAACCCCAGUACUAGCUGAGCGGCAGCGGAGGGUCGUACUGACUCGUACAGUAGUUUACCAACCGGCUGAUAUGCCCAUGGCGGCGGCUUCAAAACCCUGCGGAGGUUCCGCUUGUCGGAGUGUGCUGCUGACGGCUGUCGUUGUAUUGCUGCUCUCGCCGAGUCAUCCGGUGUCCUCUCUAGACUGGUGUAUCCCCUGGUACUUCUGGCGUGAGAUUGAAGUCGGUGCUGGUUGGCCUGAGCAUCAUUACAAUGGCAGCGGUCUUAACGGGAUUGAUCUCUGCUCUAACUUCAACACUAGCGGCGGCUACGAGCGCAAUCCGUUCAAAGAGUACGCCAACACGCUGGGAGAGUUCAUGCUGGACGCCCAUCUCAACUGGCAGAACUCGCCACGCUUCUACUGGCUGCGCGAAGACUCGGAAAUCGUAUUGUAUGAAAUCACCAUCUCACCCAUCGGCGCCCCACACAUCACUGAAAGGAUAUCCAAGUAUCUGGAGAAGAACAAUCGUCCACUGAAGGGAACUUACAUGGGCCGAGUUCUUGAUCACAGCUUUCAAAUUUCCUGUAGCAACGUGUCCAGUCAACCUGAGCUCUGGUCCGUCUACUAUAACAUGACCAUAGUGUACCCAAUCCGCAAAACUCUCAUAGUGAGGGUACUGCAGACUGUGGUGUGCAAUACAACAGGCCCACCAUCAAGUGUGGUCACAACGCAAGAGGCUACUACCAUUCCGGCCACCAGCACUGUCGGAGUGGCACCCGCCACCGGUGCCGCGGUUCAGAAGAAAGACGAUGUUUUGAUUGUCCUCUUGAUAGCCAUAGCCGGCGUGGCUGUAUCCGCGGCGGCCAUCCUCGUCUUUGUCUUCUACUAUAGAAAGCACAGAAAGAUGAGGAAGAAGCAGAUUCGAAGCAAACAUGAAAAUGGUCGUCGUCGCCAACAACCUCAUCCGUUUGCAGACUGUUUGAUCGGCGCUGGGGAAGUUGUACCCGAGAAGGAGAUUGGAAAAGGUGCAUUUGGUGUUGUCUACCUUGGAACUUACCAGGGAGAGAGUGUGGCAAUCAAAACAAUGAGAGUCAACGGAUCUGUCACCGAACAGCAGGUCUACAACUUUCUUCAGGAGGCCGUCACCAUGAAGCAGUUCAACCACGCCAACCUGCUCAACUUGAUCGGUGUCUGUCUGCCGGAGAACGCCUCUCCGCAGAUCAUUGUGCCUUACAUGGACCGGGGCGAUCUGCACACGUUCUUGCGCAAUCACAACGCAUCCAUGCCCAAGCCGUUCCGUACAUCCGAGUCCGAUCAGGAUAUGGAGGAGCUGAGUAGCAAUGAGCUAUAUGCUGUCAUGCUGCAAGUGGCCUUGGCCAUGGACUAUCUCAGUUCAAAGAAUUUCGUUCACAGGGAUCUGGCAGCUCGCAAUUGCAUGUUGGACCGUGACCUGAUAGUGAAGGUUGGUGACUUUGGUCUGGGUCGUCAUAUGUACGAUGAACAGUACUAUCGGGCAAACAGUGAGUUCAUGCUACCCGUCAAGUGGAUGGCUCCAGAGAGCCUGCGCUACUACAAGUUCACUUCAAAGUCAGAUGUGUGGUCGUUUGGAGUGCUGAUGUGGGAGGUGGAAUCACUCGGUCGCAUUCCCUACCCGGGUAUCAGCAAUGCCGAGAUUGCCGACUUCGUCUCCGAUGGCAACCGAUUGUCCCAGCCUGAUAGAUGUCCGGAUCAACUGUAUAACCUGAUGAAGAUCUGUUGGCAAGACAACCCAAUCCAUCGACCGACAUUCUCAAGAAUCUUGGAGUUCAUGGAGGACUACGACCGUCAGAGCUUCUACAGCAUGACAACGAGCCCGCUGUACUCGUCCACUGCCGGUACAACCAGUGCGAACAACACGUUUACUUUCAUGACCGGUACUGACGAUGACGGCUCGACAGUCACCCGCACGACAAUCGUUCCCGCCGGCAAGCCCCGCUCUGCAUCGUGCUCCUCGGCUGCAGCAACCUCCAUUUCGUUUCCACAGCAACCAACACCGAGUGUUAGGUAUCUCCCGGCGAGCACAAGUGUGUCGUUCAGCAACAACAACCCAUCCGUCGUCACGCACGUCCCGUAUUCCGACAUGCGCUCCGUCUUUCCGCAGGAGUUUGCGCCGAUUCCUGCCGAUGUUGAGCCGGUGAUGCCUGCAAACCCGGCACCGCUAUCUUAUUCCCCAUCCCCGCCGCCACCACCACCAGAGGCACAACAUGUACAGCUCACCAUCGAAGAACAGAAGCAAUUGAACAAGGAUGCGCUGGCGAAAAGCCCAGUAAGCACCCUCUCCGGUAACGAUUCGCUGCGCCAACGCUCACUCAGCGAUGGAGCUGCGUCCCUGCCACGUCCCUCCAAUCUCUAUAUCACUGCACCGCUGCACAAUGCACUGCCAAAGUCACCUGCCAGUGAUGUCACCUCACCUGCGCUGACGAUCGGAUCUCCUGCUUCUCCGUUAUCCACGCAAGAAAGCCCUGGUGUAGCAGUUUCGCCGCAGGUCGGAAACGAACCUCAGCUCUCCAUCCCUGCACUGCUAUGUAUUCCGUCCACUGCGUCGGAAUUCACACCGGAUUCCAAGACCGAGGGAUCUAUCGUCGAGUACCAAAAUUGCCUUAGCGUUCAGCAGCCAGUCAAAGCGGUUGGAGUGGAGACUGAUGCCUAAACGGGUGGAGUGAAUGAGUGUGGCAGAGUACAAUCAUGGCUUACUGUCUGUCAAUGAACAUUGAUGAAGGUGUGCUGCAAGAAUCCAUCUGCACGCACGCACACACACACACACCCGUCCAACGCACAGUCGCUUCCAACUGCCUGUGCCUCACAGUCUAACGCUAGUCUUUCGUAAACUCUUUCUUGUUUCCGAUAAUACAAAUAGAUACACACUAUUUUAGUCUGUCAGGGCUGCAUCCUCUGUAAGGCGUUUACAUAUUAUGAGCCUAUCAGUAUAGCCAAUGACUAUGUGUAACUAGGCUAAUACAUACUUCAAGUACAUAUAUUAUAGAUGUUUCCCCACGGUAAAUGAACUCUCCGGAUCUCUUGAGAACUAAACUAAAGCUUCUAAAGCCUGCCGAAUGACUCUAUCAGCCGUAACUAUCAAGCUCUUUUUUUCUUGGAUAUGGUCCGGACACGAGAUGCUCAGAGUAUGCAGUUUGAAGCUACUCUAGUUACGCAGUGUUCACCUUGCAUGUACCGCUUUUCCCCCUUCAUCGCCGUAUUUCAUGCCCCACAGGCUGAACUUGACUCCCAGAGCUUUUAUACUAUGAUUUAUCUGUAGAUAGUUUGCCUUUCGCAUCUCACUUGUGGCUUUGAGCCGUUGUAAAUCACUUGCUGCAUCCAUAACCAACUGCGGUCUUCUAGUUGCUGAAAUACAAGAGUCACAUGUA